AACAUUAACUACCACAGCGCAUGCGUAACGUCACACGCAUUAUUUUUUUUAAACUCGUUAGUAAGUAGUACGAUGAGGGAAAGCUGUCUGUUUGAUCUUUGUUAGGUAUUUGCGGGGACUAAUGCCAUGGCAGCAAAGUGGACUGUUGGACACACCUCUACUGUGUUGUGCUUGAAUGCGAACUCUGAAGGGUUAGUGGCUUCAGGUGCUGAGAGUGGAGAACUUGCCAUCUGGAGUAGUGAUGGGACCUGUGUUGGCCAAGUAAAGCUGGAAGAACAGGAAGAUGUUGCUUGUGUUGCAUUUUCACCACUUUGUCCUAGUAGAUUUUAUGCUGCUCAUGGUGAAAAGAUCAGCAUUUGGGAUUCCAGAUGUUUAAAGAUACCUACAGAUUUGUUUCACAUAAAUGAAGAUGAAAUCAACUGCUUGCGCGUUAAUGAGACAGAUGCACUUUUGGCAGCUGCAGAUGAUUCUGGGGCAAUUAAGAUAUUUGAUCUAAUGAACAGGAAGGUCAGCCGUACUCUUCGAAGACACACCAAUAUCUGCUCUUCACUCUCAUUUCGUCCUGGGCGCCCUCAGAGUCUAGUAUCAUGUGGACUGGAUAUGCAGAUUGCUACUGCACUUAACGCGGGUGCUCCCUCCCAACCAGCUACACAGUGGUCUGACCAGCUCAUCCAAAUUGCAGGACGUUUACCUGAAUACCCAACAAAGCACCUAUGGAGUCAGCUACCUACCUGCUGUUACCACAUGAGUGUAUGUUAAAAUCCUGCUCCUUGGUUUUUAAUUUUGUAAUUGUAAUUCACUUUUUUUCUGUGCUAACGGCGUGCACACAGGCUGUUUAUAGGCAGUCUCCCACCCCUACGCUUUUCCCCCUUCAUUGCCUUCCUCUUCCCUGCCAGCAUUUUCACAGUUUUUCCCCUCCCAUAAUUAUCCCCCGGAUGGCAGCACUCCUUUUUGAGCCACUUCCUUCAUCUUUUUCACCUCACUCAAUACACUUCCUUUCUUACUCAACACCUCCUUACACAUCAUCCAGGCCGUGCAUAUAACACCUGCAUCACUUUUACUCCAGAUUCUCCUCCUCCUCUCCCUCUUCCCCCAUUACACCUAACCUGUCUGCCUAACUUUUCCUAUAGCCUACUCCUGCAUACUACAACUCUUCAUAUCACAAAAGAACCCUGCUACUCUUCCAGUAUCUCACUUCACCUCUAUCAAACAAAUAUCUCUUUUCUCUUCACCAUAAAACUUUUCAGUCACUCAACUUUCCACUCCAUCCUUCAUAAUCCCAAAACCUUAUGCAGCCUGUCAUUUAACCUUCACCUUACAAGUUCCUCUAAACUACUAAGCCUCAUUCUCAAACCUAUCUCUACCCUUCUCUCUGGUGACAUCCACCCCAACCCAGGACCCCCUGUAAAACAGCAUUUAUAUCAACAUCCAACCCAUACUCCCUCUUCCCACAAAUAUCUACUUCUCACUACCAUCAAUGCCCAAAGCCUAUGUAACAAACUCCCCAUCUUCCACACCUGACUCACCCAUAACCACCCUAACAUAUUAGCAGUAACCAAAAUAUAGCUUAAACCACACCUAAAAGACUCCAAAAUCACCCCCCCACCUAUAGUAUUAUUAGAAAUGACAGAACCCUAAAGAAAGGAGGUGAAGUAGCACUACCUUAUUUCACCUCCCCAACAGUAAUUCCUUAUACUAACCAUAUACCAAAAUUCAGUACAGCAGAAAUAUCUCUAGCCCUCCUGAAAAUAAACAACCACAAAAACAUAGCCAUAGCCACUCUUUAUAUCCCUCCUGGAAACAACAUUCCCCUUCUUGAAGACAUGCUUUCCUGGUUCUCCACUAAUAUUACCAACAAAACAAUCAUCUUAGGAGACGUUAACAUUAACUGGUCCACUAUUCAGUCAACCACCUCCUCAUUGACUAUCAGCCUUUUCAACUUCUCACAAGUAGUUCAUUCUCCAACUAGACCCAACAAAGAUAAUCCUUCAGGUAGCAUUCUGGACUAGAUCUUAGUUUCCCACCCUAAUAAUAUCUCACUUUGCCCGAUUCUCUCAGCGAUCACUUUCCAGCCUUCAUCUGCCACACCCCUUCCACCAUAGACUUACAACACAACUGUAUCUUAACCCACAACCUCAAAAACGUCAACCCACAAUCCUUUUCUGAUAGCUUGAAACUCAUGAACUGGAGCCCUCUGAAAACUCUUCCUCUUGAAAAUGCUGUGACUUACUUUAACACUACUUUCACUAACUUACUAAACUGCUGUGCUCCUUCCAGAACUAAAAUAGCAAAAAUCCAUUAAUGCCCCAUGCUUUUUAAAGACACAUUAUCCCUUAUGCAUUCUCAUGACAAAUCAUGGAAACUCUAUCAAAAACAUAAAACACCCAACACCCUCACUGAAUAUAAACAGCUUCGUAAUAAAGUUAAAAAACUAAUUGUCUCUGACUGUAAAUCCUACUACUCUAAGCUUCAAAACUGUCACAAAUCCAAUCCCAAACAAUUCUAGAAUAGUAUCACUUCCCUCCUCAAUUCUGGCCGGAAGAAUAAUCCCUGCCCUGACCCUAGCUCCCCUGACCACAUUACAGCCUCCAAAUUCAACUCCUUCAUAGACGCUUUCCCUCCAAACUCGACCCAUUGCUCCACUCCUAUUACCCACAACUCUUCCUCUACCCCCUUACCUCCCACCCCUCUUUCUUCUCCUUCAUACCCAUCCCAGUCUCCACAAUUAAAAAAAACUCCUCCAAAAAUUAAAACCAUGUUCCAACACCGCUGAUAACUUCCUUAAGUUAGCUGCAGAUGGCAUCGCACUCCCCAUUAGUAUAUUAAUAAACCAUUCUAUACAAGAAUCCUACAUAUCCCUCCUCUGAAAAAAAGCCUUUAUCAUUCCCUAUACAAAAGAGGUAACAACACCGACAUCUCCAAUUUCCGUCCGAUUGCCAUCCUCUUCCCCCCUCUCAAAAAUUCUUGAAAAAUGUAUUCACCUUCAAGUUCUACCCUACCUACUUGAUAACCACUUACUUACACCAUCACAACAUGGUUUUAUAUCUGGACACAGCACCACCUCAGCCUUAAUAUCCUUUCUUGAAAAUAUCAACCACCCCUUUGAUUCUGGUAAUAUCAUAUCCGCUCUUCUCUUAGACCUUUCUAAGGCCUUUGAUACAAUAUCCCACAGCCUACUUCUUUCUAAGCUCUUCCAGCUUAAUCUCACUUCUUCCUCUCUGAAUUGGUUUUCCAGUUAUCUUUCAGAUUGACAACAAGCCAGCAAAUGGAAUAAUUAAAUUUCCCUCUACGUUAACACUCACACUGGUGUCCCCAGGGAUUCAUCCUGGGUCCACUUUUAUUCAAUGUCUUCAUUAACGACUUCCACCAGUGCCUACCCAAUGCCAAACUAGUACAAUACACUGAUGACUCAACCAUUAUUUGCUCUGCAGAAUCCCUUCCUAAGCUUGUACAACUAACACAAUCCGCAUUCAGUAGCAGUGAGAUAUGGAUGCACAUUAAUCAUUUAGCUCUUAAUCCAUCCAAAACCAAAAUCAUGGUCUUUACCUCUUCUAAAAAUAUCAAAACAGACACAAACACCUUUUCUAUAGUCAGCCAAAAUAAAACUCCCCUUGAAAUAGUCUGUCAAACUAAGCUUUUAGGCGUCCUUAUUGAUGAACAGUUAAAAUCUGACCUUCACCCUCAAACCAACAUUAAGAAAACCCACCAAAAACUAGGAAUGCUCUACUGCCCCAAUCACUAUCUCACACCCUCAACUCUGAUUACCCUCUCUACCACCUAUCUCCUCCCUUCCCUUAUGUAUGCAGCUCUCCUUACCAACCUGCAAGCAACCCUCAAAACUAAACUAGCAUCCUGUUACAAUAAAAUUGCCAAAUUUCCUACCAGCUCAAAAUACUCUUCCCAUCACUGUGACUCCUUACACUCUUUGAACUGUCUUGCGCUCCCUAACUAUCUAUCCUUCAUCCAACUCACCACUGCCCACAAGCUUAUUUUCAACCCUUCUCAAAGCCCCUCAUUCUCCUCUGUCUUCACUAUGCAUCUUCCUCACUGAACCCUCAGAUCUAAUGACCAAAAUCUUCUUGCAGUGCAUAUGCCAUCACGUACCCCUGGGUAACAACUUCUAUCCUUUUCCCUUGCAAGUAAAUGGAACUCACUUCCUCCCCACAUCCGUAUUACACAGAAUCUGUCCUCCUUUAAGGCCUUGCUCCAUUCUCAUCUCUCCUCUACAUGGGAAUGCUUCUGCUCUCACCCAUCCUAGCUUUUCCUCCUCCUACACCUUGUCCUACUGCCUUCCCUAUUUCAGAGAUGUAAUCUGCCUCUCAUAUUUUAUACUAACUAUACUCCCCCUGUUAGGGUUCUAUACUACUGAUUUAACAAUGACUUUUAUUGUAUCAUAAUAUGUUUUGACUACUGUAUUUUUCAGGAUUCUGUACUUCUGAUGUAACAAUGACUUUUAUUGUAUCAUAUUUGUGACUACUGCUUAUCAGCUUAUUUACCUCUUGCAUUACCUCUUCUAUAGCUCUUUUACUGCUGAUGUAACAAUAACUUUAUUGUAUCAUAUCUGUGACUACUGCUUAUCAGCUUAUUUACUUCAUGCAUUAAUCUCUUGUAUAUCUCUUUUUUGUAUAUACAAGUAAACUAUUACUGUAUUGAUUUUUUUAUUACUAUUUCUUGCCGAUUUUUGUACAUAUUUAUUGUGGAUCUUUU